UUUCAGGCUCUUGCGUAUGGUAUGGCCAAUGUGGAAUUGCUUCUGGAAACAAAAGGUACAAUUGUGCAUAUAAUGGCUCAGCAUUGCCACUACCAAAGGAUGGCUAUGAUUUGGUGCAGGAAAUCUGUCCAGGUUUUUUCUUUGAGAAUGUUAGCCUUUGCUGUGACCUGCAGCAACUUCAGAGUUUGAAAAGUGGCCUGGAGCUACCUCUACAGUUUCUUUCCAGGUGUCCAUCAUGCUUUCAUAAUUUCAUGAAUCUGUUCUGUGAGAUAACCUGUAGUCCUCAUCAGUCUGAAUUUCUGAAUGUUACACAAACAAAGCUGUAUCCUGAUCCAGUUACAAAAGAGAACAAAACCAGCAUCAUAGAGGUGCAGUAUUACAUUGGAAAAAAAUUUGCUAAUGAUAUGUAUAAUGCUUGCAAAGAUGUGGAGGCUCCAUCAAGCAACAUUAAGGCACUAGGUCUGUUGUGUGGGAAAGAUGUUAAAGAAUGCAAUGCAACCAACUGGAUUGAAUAUAUGUUUAGCAAGGAUAAUGGUCACACUCCUUUCAACAUAAUUCCAAUAUUUUCAGAUGUACCUAUCCAUGGGAUGAUUCCUAUGAACAAUGCUACCAAAGCCUGCAAUGAGUCUGUGGAUGACAUCACAGGACCCUGUAGUUGUCAAGAUUGUUCCAUUGUCUGUGGCCCAAAACCACAACCUCCCCCACCUCCUGCACCUUGGCUUUUGCUUGGCUUGGAUGCCAUGUAUGUUAUUAUGUGGAUCUCCUACACAGCAUUUCUUCUUGUUUUCUUUGCAGUGGUUUGUGGCUUCUGGUGUUACAGAAAGAGACAUUUUGUUUCUGAGUACGCACCCAUUGACAGCAACAUUGCCUAUUCUGUUAACUCACAUCAAAAUACUGGAAAAGCUACAUGGUAUGAAAGAUUUGGUGAAAAGUUUGAGAAUGCUUUAAGAGUUACAUUUACAUCAUGGGGAGCUUUUUGUGUUCGAAACCCACGGCCUGUUAUUCUGUUCUCCUUGGUUAUUAUUGCCAUGUGUUCCUCAGGCUUGGCAUUUCUCAAAUUAACUACAAAUCCUGUAGAUCUGUGGUCAUCCCCAAAUAGCCAAGCUCGCAGAGAGAAGGAAUACUUUGAUGCUAAUUUUGGACCAUUCUUCCGUACUGAACAACUUAUUAUUCAGGCUGUGAAUACUACUCCAGAGAUCUAUUCUCCAUAUCCUUCAGGAGCAAAUAUUCCUUUUGGACCUCCACUUAGAAAACAUAUCUUGCAUCAGAUACUAGAUUUGCAAAAUGGUAUUGAAAACUUAACUGCAUCUUAUAAAAAUGAAACUGUAAUGUUGAAGGACAUUUGCCUGGCACCUCUUGCUCCCUACAAUAACAACUGCACUAUUCUAAGUGUUCUUAAUUACUUCCAAAACAGUCAUUCUGUCCUAGAUUAUAGCAUUGGUGAUGAAUUUUAUACCUUUGCUGACUUCCACUCUCAUUUCUUAUACUGUGUCAGGGCUCCAGCAACUCUGAAUGACACAACCCUCCUUCACGAACCCUGCUUGGGAACAUUUGGUGGUCCUGUCUUCCCAUGGCUGGUGAUGGGAGGAUACGAUGAUGAAAAUUAUAAUAAUGCCACAGCCCUUGUGAUCACAUUUCCUGUCAAGAAUUACUACAAUGACACAGAAAAGCUGAUGAAAGCUUUGGCUUGGGAAAAGGAGUUUAUCAAUUUUGUGAAAAACUAUGACAACCCAAAUUUAACAAUUUCCUUCUCUGCUGAACGUAGUAUUGAAGAUGAAAUAGAUCGAGAAAGCAACAGCGAUGUUCUCACUGUUAUAAUUAGCUAUGCAGUCAUGUUUGUGUACAUUUCCAUAGCUCUUGGGCACAUUAAGAGUCCUGCUACAUUCUUGGUGGAUUCAAAGAUCUCAUUGGGCAUUGCAGGCAUCCUAAUAGUACUCAGUUCAGUUGCAUGUUCUUUGGGUAUCUUCAGCUAUUUUGGAGUCCCCCUGACACUAAUUGUUAUUGAAGUCAUUCCCUUUUUGGUGCUGGCUGUUGGAGUGGACAACAUUUUCAUUAUUGUUCAGACAUUUCAGAGAGAUGAACGGCUUCAAGGUGAAACAUUAGAUAAGCAGAUUGGUCGAAUUCUUGGAGAUGUGGCUCCUAGCAUGUUUCUUUCAUCAUUUUCAGAGACAGUGGCUUUUUUCUUAGGAAGUUUGUCUACUAUGCCUGCAGUUCGUACAUUCUCCCUCUUUGCUGCAGUGGCUGUAUUUAUUGACUUCCUUCUUCAAAUUACCUGCUUUGUAAGUCUCUUGGGCUUGGACAUUAAGCGCCAAGAGAAAAAUCGAUAUGAUGUCCUGUGUUGUGUCAAAGGUGGUGAAGAAAUCAGUUUCCAUCACUCUAAAAGCAUGUUCUUUCGGUUCUUCAAAAACAUAUAUUCUCCAUUUCUUCUUAAAGAUUGGAUGAGACCAAUUAUUAUAUCCAUAUUUGUGGGUGUGUUAUCAUUCAGCAUAGCAGUUGUCAACAAAAUCGAUAUUGGCCUGGACCAGAGAUUAUCAAUGCCUGAUGACUCCUAUUUGAUAGCCUACUUCAACGAUCUUGGCAAAUAUCUGCACGCAGGUCCUCCAGUAUAUUUUGUGUUGAAAGAAGGGCAUAACUAUACAACUUUGGAUGGGCAAAAUAUGGUCUGUGGAGGAAUGGGAUGUGACAACAAUUCUCUGGUACAGCAAGUGUUUGGUGCAGCAGAAAUUAGCAGCUAUUCAAGAAUUGGCUAUUCACCUUCUUCCUGGAUCGAUGACUACUUUGAUUGGGUCAAGCCACAAUCUUCCUGUUGCAGAACUUAUAAUACCACUGGAGCAUUCUGCAAUGCUUCAGUUGUAAAUCCAUCAUGUGUGCACUGCCGGCCACUGACUAAAGAAGGAAAGCAGAGACCUCAGGGUGAAGACUUCAUGAAAUUUCUCCCUAUGUUCCUCUCAGAUAAUCCUAAUCCAGAAUGUGGCAAGGGAGGACAUGCUGCAUAUAGUUCUGCAGUCAACUUUAUACACAACUCUUCUGAAAUUGGAGCCACUUACUUCAUGACUUACCAUACAGUGCUAAAAAACUCAGCAGACUUUAUUGAUGCAUUGAAAAAAGCACGGAUCAUAGCAAACAAUAUUACUGAAGCCAUGGCCCACAAAGAGAAAAACUAUCAUGUUUUUCCUUACAGCUUGUUCUAUGUUUUUUAUGAACAAUAUCUGACAAUUGUGGAUGACACCAUCUUUAAUCUUGGCAUUUCCCUUGGAUCAAUAUUCAUAGUAACGAUGGUGCUGCUUGGUUUUGAAAUAUGGGCUGCUGUUGUUGUUUGCUUCACCAUCGCUAUGAUAGUGGUCAACAUGUUUGGAAUGAUGUGGCUCUGGGGUAUCAGCUUAAAUGCAGUUUCCUUAGUAAACCUUGUCAUGAGUUGCGGCAUCUCUGUUGAAUUCUGUAGCCAUGUGACAAGAGCAUUCACAAUUAGUACAAAAGCAACAAGAGUAGAGCGUGCUGAAGAAGCACUAUCUCACAUGGGGAGCUCUGUUUUCAGUGGUAUUACACUUACAAAAUUUGGAGGAAUAGUGGUGCUUGCUUUUUCCAAAUCUCAGAUUUUCCAGAUCUUCUACUUUAGGAUGUAUUUAGCCAUGGUACUACUUGGAGCAACCCAUGGUCUAAUAUUUCUUCCUGUCCUACUUAGUUACAUAGGGCCCUCAGUAAAUAAAGCUAAAGCACAUGCAGCACAAGAAAGGAACAAAGGAACAGAAAGAGAAAAACUCCUGUUCUUCUAGCUGUUUUAAACAAAGUGGU